GACAAUUUGAAUUCACCGUUUCUAUCCCAAGCUACCGGACAGCCCACGUCCUCUUGUAUGUGGUCAUGCAUCCGACGUGUACCCUAUGCUUUCACGUUACAGCUCGCCCGACUGCGUGAUUCUGCAUCGAAGGCGUCUUUCAGGCGGACAAGGUCGCAGCAUCUUUCGGGAUACCUGGAAGUGAUGCCCGUCCAUCCGACCCGUCAAUUCGGCCCAAUCAUUAGCAUUCUCCGUACAAUUCAGAGGUUGUGUUUUCGUCGUCUGUUAUCGCGUUACCGCAAGCGCCAUGUCCACACAGAAGAUGCGGGUUGGCUUGGGUUUCGCCUCUUGAGCCGUCUUCUUAUUUCUUGCACCACCAAAACAUUUCACCCAGGCCUUGUGCACCCCAACAAGUCGAAUGACUCUUUGCUCCAGGGUCCACCGUUAGCCCUAGAAAACCCGGAGAGCUUGUUUGAAGUCUCUCUCUUUGCCUGGGUACUUUCCAAGUUGAGCUUUGCUUCCGGUUUCUUAGCCCUUCUACCAUCAUGCCUAGUGGCAGUGAGGUCUGGAAUGGCAGGCAACACGGGUUCCGGAACGGAUCCAGCUGCGUCGGAUUUUUGGGCCGCCUUACGUCCUCUCGUUGCCGGGUUGGCCAGACGCGCCGCUGCUUCAGGCUCCGUUUCCACUUCUCUGGCAUUGUUGACUUCCUUCGCAGACCGGUCUUCCGAAUCGCUCUCCGGGGGCCCGGUGAGCCCUUUUUGUGCAGACGUCGCCGUAGCGGCACAGCUUUUAGCGGAUCCUCGAGAUUUUCGUUUGGUCAAGGAACCGAUGAUCUCCUUGCUCUUCACGCUCCUUCGCCCAAGAGAAGCCAACCGCGGUCCAGACUGGGUAGUCAUCGCUUCCACCUCCCUAUGCGGCCCAGGGCUAGACUGUCUCCUACGCAUCCAGAGCUUAGGUACACUCGACGGCAUGGGUUUAUCUGACGAUUGAUCGUCUUCGUU